AUGUUUACUGUCCUAAUAUCUAGACAGGAAGACUUCUGUUCUGGCCAGGAUGCGAUUUCAAUUGCUUACGUCGAGAUGAACUGGGAUGGGUCACUACGGUUCAAGACAGAAAUGGCAAAACAGAAGUUUGUCAGUUUGAAGAACAAAACGAAGAGUGUCAACUCGAACUUGAAAGUGAUGUUUUCCAUCGAACACGAGUACGAUGGUAUUGACUUGUACUGGAAAUAUGCACACGAAACUGAUAAGUUCAACUACAUCAAUCUACUUUCUGAUAUCCGAACGAGGUUCAACGCAUUGAACCAUGAAAAUCAACAUCAAUACGUGAUUUCAAUAACAUUACCUGCCGCAAGAAUAGAAGGUUGGGAAUUGGCAUACGAUUUGGAUCAGACUCUCGAAUACGUUGAUUUCAUAAAUGUGUAUUCGAUGGAUUUCUAUGGACCAUGGGAGAAUAGAUAUGGAGAUACUGCAGGUCCAUCUGCUCCUUUGUUUUGUGGAUAUGGUGGAAGAAGGAACUUUAAUGUGGAUCAUACAAUGCAAUACUACGUUUGUAAAUCAAAGAAACCAAACAAGUUUAAUAUUGCAAUACCAUUUUUUGCUAUGCUUUUGAGAAAUGUAACAGGGCAGUUUCGACCGGGAAUUGAUGUGAUUCGUUGGGUUGGACUGAAAGAUGGCAAAGCUGAGGGAAACGCCUACAUGUCGAUGGUAGCUGGGGAGCAAGCAAGAUGGAAACUGGACAAUGCAACAUGGGAUGAAAAGUGUCAAUCGUCGUAUAUCUGGGUCCCUGAAACUAGAACGUAUUUGACAUUUGAGAAUAAGAGGAGUAUAUCUGCGAAAGUGAAAUAUGUGAAUGAGAAUCAUUUGGGAGGAGUAUGGAUCUGGUCAGUUGAUAUGGAUGAUGAGAAUAACAGUUUGCUGAAUGCACUAUCAUCGAAUGAACUGUGCUCGAAUAGCAGUGGAAGCAGACCAGUUUACAAAUGCUGA